GAGUUUUGCUCUUGUUGCCCCGGCAGGAGUGCAAUGGUGCGAUCUCAGCUCACUGCAAUCUCCACCUCUGCAGGAGAGCAGGAAUCUUCAGUGAUCCACGGGCAGAUCUGCAGCCAUUGUGGGCACCUGUUCUUCCCGUGACCUUUGUGCCCGGGUCGCAGCACGUGCUGAGAUCGCGCCAUUGCACUCCAGCCUGGGGGACAAGAGCGAAACUCCAUCUCAACGGAACCCUUAAGGUCGUUCUGUCACUGGGGCCAUUAUGAGCUCACGCACCCACUCCCUCAGGUUUAAAAGGCGCGUUGCCCGGCAACAGAAGGAACUGCUGGCUUAGCCUUUGGCCGAGUUGGCAGCUCCACGAGGACCCUCAGAGUCCAGCUCUCCAGCGUUCAAGCAUCCGACGGUUCCGAGUCCUCCCAGGAGCGGUUACCUGGGCACUCUGUGCCCCUCAUUCCUGUCAGGGCCCAGGCUGAGGACCUGCUAGUAGGGCUCAGUUGCCUGGAGUCCGUUCAGCCCAUCCCCCAGUUCACUUUGCUUGUGGGAUCUCCCCGUUUCUCCUGCCCCUGGACUGAGUGGCAGGCCAUCCCACAAGCACCCGGACACUUGGCAUCAGUGGUGUCAAGACAACUCUAAGAAGGUUUUCUGUGAUCCUGCAAGACCUGUGUUCCUUCCCGGUGAUUCUGCCUUCAAUUUGAUUGCACAGGUACCACAGCAAGCCAGUGCUGUGUGCGCCGAAUUCCAGGGCAUCCUCCAGCUCAGCCACUACACUGAGCACAAGGAAUCUCUGUGGGACCCAGGAACAGGUAGUCACCCCUUUGGGGCCCACAACACCCGGCUGUCCCCAGACUUGUGGCCAGGGAAGAUAGUAUUGAGGGCCCUCAAGGAGAGCGGGACAGGGAUGGCUGAGCAGGACAAGGACCCUAGAGUCCAAGAGAAUCCUGAUGAUCAGAGAAGGGUCCCCGAGGUCACCAGGGAUGCACGGUCUGCAUUUCGGCCCCUGUCGGACAACGGAGGCCUCUCUCCCUUUGUGCCCAGGCCCGGGCCUCUGCAGAGAGACCGCCAUGCCCAGAGGUCAGAAUUCAGAUAUAACCAGAGAUCCCAGACCUCCUGGACGAGCUCGUGCCCCGAACUAAAUGCCAUCUCGAGCUCCUACAGCUCUACAGGAGGCCUCCUGGGGCUAAAGCGGAGGUGGGGGCCAGCCUCAUCCCACUGCCAGCUGACCCGCAGUUCCUCAAAGACAGUGAGUGAGGACGGACCUCAGGCUGUCUCUUCUGGUCACACCCAGUGUGAAAAGACGGCAGAUAUAGCACCAGGGCAGACACUGGCCCUCAGGAAUGGCUCCCCCAGAUCCCAGGCCUCUAGGCCCCGUAAACGCAAGCUUCCCCUGCCGUCACGCAGGCAAGGGGAUCCUCUGAUGCUGCCACCUCCCUUAGUGCUGGGGUUCCAGGUCACUGCUGAAGACCUGGACCUGGAGAAGGAGGCGGCAUUCCAGCGCAUCAACAGUGAACUGCGGGCUGAGGCCAAAGCCAUCUCGGACUGUAGACCCUCACGGCCUUCCCACGCUUUGUCCUCACUUGCAACAGGGACUUCUGGUGUGCCUACCAUCUCUAAAGCACCCAGUAUGGAUGCACAGCAGGAGAGACACAAGUCCCAAGACUGCCUGGGCCCAGUGGCCCCCCUAGCUUCUGCUGCAGAGGUCCCCUCUACAGCUCCUGUGUCUGGGAAGAAGCACAGACCACCAGGCCCCCUGUUCUCCUCCUCAGAUCCCCUUCCUGCCACCUCUUCCCACUCCCGGGACUCAGCCCAGGUCACCUCGCUGAUUCCUGCCCCCUUCCCAGCUGCAAGCAUGGAUGCGGACAUCAGAAGAACAACGCCUGGCACUUCUGCUCCUGCAGCUGCCGCAGAAGCCCCUCCCCCCUCCACAUUGAACCCCACGUCGGGGUCACUACUGAAUGGAGUGGAUGGAGGCCCUUCACAUUUCUGGGCCACAGUCACAGCUGAAGCAGGUGCCCAGAGGUCAGAAGUCAGAUAUAACAAGAGAUCCCAGACCUCCUGGACGAGCUCGUGCCCCAAACAAAUUGCCACCUCGAGCUCCUACAGCUCUACGGGAGGCCUCCCUGGGCUAAAGCGGAGGUGGGGGCCAGCCUCAUCCCACUGCCAGCUGACCUGCAGUUCCUCAAAGACAGUGAGUGAGGACGGACCUCAGGCUGUCUCUUCGGGUCACACCCAGUGUGAAAAGACGGCAGAUAUAGCACCAGGGCAGACACUGGCCCUCAGGAAUGGCUCCCCCAGAUCCCAGGCCUCUAGGCCCCGUAAACGCAAGCUUCCCCUGCCGUCACGCAGGCAAGGGGAUCCUCUGAUGCUGCCACCUCCCUUAGUGCUGGGGUUCCAGGUCACUGCUGAAGACCUGGACCUGGAGAAGGAGGCGGCAUUCCAGCGCAUCAACAGUGAACUGCGGGCUGAGGCCAAAGCCAUCUCGGACUGUAGACCCUCACGGCCUUCCCACGCUUUGUCCUCACUUGCAACAGGGACUUCUGGUGUGCCUACCAUCUCUAAAGCACCCAGUAUGGAUGCACAGCAGGAGAGACACAAGUCCCAAGACUGCCUGGGCCCAGUGGCCCCCCUAGCUUCUGCUGCAGAGGUCCCCUCUACAGCUCCUGUGUCUGGGAAGAAGCACAGACCACCAGGCCCCCUGUUCUCCUCCUCAGAUCCCCUUCCUGCCACCUCUUCCCACUCCCGGGACUCAGCCCAGGUCACCUCGCUGAUUCCUGCCCCCUUCCCAGCUGCAAGCAUGGAUGCGGACAUCAGAAGAACAACGCCUGGCACUUCUGCUCCUGCAGCUGCCGCAGAAGCCCCUCCCCCCUCCACAUUGAACCCCACGUCGGGGUCACUACUGAAUGGAGUGGAUGGAGGCCCUUCACAUUUCUGGGCCACAGUCACAGCUGAAGCAGGUGCCCAGAGGUCAGAAGUCAGAUAUAACAAGAGAUCCCAGACCUCCUGGACGAGCUCGUGCCCCAAACAAAUUGCCACCUCGAGCUCCUACAGCUCUACGGGAGGCCUCCCUGGGCUAAAGCGGAGGUGGGGGCCAGCCUCAUCCCACUGCCAGCUGACCUGCAGUUCCUCAAAGACAGUGAGUGAGGACGGACCUCAGGCUGUCUCUUCGGGUCACACCCAGUGUGAAAAGACGGCAGAUAUAGCACCAGGGCAGACACUGGCCCUCAGGAAUGGCUCCCCCAGAUCCCAGGCCUCUAGGCCCCGUAAACGCAAGCUUCCCCUGCCGUCACGCAGGCAAGGGGAUCCUCUGAUGCUGCCACCUCCCUUAGUGCUGGGGUUCCAGGUCACUGCUGAAGACCUGGACCUGGAGAAGGAGGCGGCAUUCCAGCGCAUCAACAGUGAACUGCGGGCUGAGGCCAAAGCCAUCUCGGACUGUAGACCCUCACGGCCUUCCCACGCUUUGUCCUCACUUGCAACAGGGACUUCUGGUGUGCCUACCAUCUCUAAAGCACCCAGUAUGGAUGCACAGCAGGAGAGACACAAGUCCCAAGACUGCCUGGGCCCAGUGGCCCCCCUAGCUUCUGCUGCAGAGGUCCCCUCUACAGCUCCUGUGUCUGGGAAGAAGCACAGACCACCAGGCCCCCUGUUCUCCUCCUCAGAUCCCCUUCCUGCCACCUCUUCCCACUCCCGGGACUCAGCCCAGGUCACCUCGCUGAUUCCUGCCCCCUUCCCAGCUGCAAGCAUGGAUGCGGACAUCAGAAGAACAACGCCUGGCACUUCUGCUCCUGCAGCUGCCGCAGAAGCCCCUCCCCCCUCCACAUUGAACCCCACGUCGGGGUCACUACUGAAUGGAGUGGAUGGAGGCCCUUCACAUUUCUGGGCCACAGUCACAGCUGAAGCAGGUGCCCAGAGGUCAGAAGUCAGAUAUAACAAGAGAUCCCAGACCUCCUGGACGAGCUCGUGCCCCAAACAAAUUGCCACCUCGAGCUCCUACAGCUCUACGGGAGGCCUCCCUGGGCUAAAUCGGAGGUGGGGGCCAGCCUCAUCCCACUGCCAGCUGACCUGCAGUUCCUCAAAGACAGUGAGUGAGGACGGACCUCAGGCUGUCUCUUCGGGUCACACCCAGUGUGAAAAGACGGCAGAUAUAGCACCAGGGCAGACACUGGCCCUCAGGAAUGGCUCCCCCAGAUCCCAGGCCUCUAGGCCCCGUAAACGCAAGCUUCCCCUGCCGUCACGCAGGCAAGGGGAUCCUCUGAUGCUGCCACCUCCCUUAGAGCUGGGGUUCCGGGUCACUGCCGAAGACCUGGACCUGGAGAAGGAGGCGGCAUUCCAGCGCAUCAACAGUGAACUGCGGGCUGAGACCAGGGCCAUCUUGGACUGUAGACCCUCACGGCCUUCCCACACUUUGUCCUCACUUGCAACAGGGGCUUCUGGUCUGCCUGCCAUCUCUAAAGCACCCAGUAUGGAUGCACAGCAGGAGAGACACAAGUCCCAAGACUGCCUGGGCCCAGUGGCCCCCCUAGCUUCUGCUGCAGAGGUCCUCUCUACAGCUCCUGUGUCUGGGAAGAAGCACAGACCACCAGGCCCCCUUUUCUCCUCCUCAGAUACCUGUCCUGCCACCUCUUCCCACUCCCGGGACUCAGCCCAGGUCACCUCGCUGAUUCCUGCCCCCUUCCCAGCUGCAAGCAUGGAUGCGGGCAUCAGAAGAACAAGGCCUGGCACUUCUGCCCCUGCAGCUGCCACAGCAGCCCCUCCCCCCUCCACAUUGAACCCCACGUCGGGGUCACUACUGAAUGGAGUGGAUGGAGGCCCUUCACAUUUCUGGGCCUCAGCCGCAGCUGAAGCAGGUGCCCAGAGGUCAGAAGUCAGAUAUAACAAGAGAUCCCAGACCUCCUGGACGAGCUCGUGCACCACACGAAAUGCCAUCUCGAGUUCCUACAGCUCUACGGGAGGUCUCCCGGGGCUAAAGCAGAAGAGGGGGCCAGCUUCAUCCCACUGCCAGCUAACCCUCAGUUCCUCAAAGACAGUGAGUGAGGACGGACCUCAGGCUGUCUCUUCGGGUCACACCCGGUGUGAAAAGGCGGCAGAUAUAGCACCAGGGCAGACACUCGCCCCCAGGAAUGGCUCCCCCAGAUCCCAGGCCUCUAGGCCCCGUAGACGCAAGUUUCCCCUGCUGCCACGCAGGCGAGGGGAGCCUUUGAUGCUGCCACCUCCCUUAGAGCUGGGGUUCCGGGUCACUGCUGAAGACCUGGACCUGGAGAAGGAGGCGGCAUUCCAGCGCAUCAACAGUGAACUGCAGGCUGAGUCCAAGGCCAUCUCGGACUGCACACAGCCCUGCCAUUUUCAGCUCGCUCAUUGGACAGGAUAGACUGGGCAUCCAGGCCUCAAGGUAAGGACACACUCCGUCACCUAGAGUUGCAGUGCCUGGGAAGGCCAACCUUGGAGAGGCGCUGCCAGCUUUACAGUGGUAGAGGUGUUGGGAGGGACUGACCACCAAUUUAUAAGGCUGUACUUUGUUGGCGACAUAAAGGAUUGUUUCACAGAUUGUUGGGGAGGGACAAUCCCAAGGCCUCCCCUGUCCCUGGUCCUGGCUCUGCACAAAGGCAAUAAGAGAGGGAUGCUGGUAAGGGCUGACCUGUUGCUGUGCUGGGGAGGAAGGUGCUAGGCUGAAAUUCAGGAGGCUGAGGAUGCAGCAGUCCCAUAGGAGUUACAUGACCUUCAGGAUACAUUUUCUUCAUUGAUGAUCAAUGGAAAUGAUAAAUCACUGACUAUUUUUUCUAUCAUUGGAAUCUACUCUCUACUGCUCAUGCUGUUCCUGUCUUUUGGGGAAGAUGGAAGAUCGAAUCAGUGUGUGCUGCACUGAGCGGAUGGAAGGAGAACUGCGACAAAAAUUGAAGAAGGGUGAGGGAUGAGAGGGCCCUUCAUCCAGCUGCUUGCAGAGUCCUCCUGAGGAGGAAAGCCCCGUGGCUCCCUGAGGAAGGAGCAGUGAGGGCUGCGUGACUCCCACAGUGAAGUGUGUGGUAUGUCUGAGGACACCCAGGCUGGUCCAUGAGGAGCCAGUGGCAGAGUGAGAAGCAGAAAGGCCAGGAGGGUGGCUGGAGGCCAGGCUCUGAGUCAUUCUCCAUGUGAUGGAAACAGCCGGAGCCCAGUGGGCUUGGAGGUACAGGAUGCGGUGGCUGAUGACAGAACAAUGUGGAGAGAGGCGUCAUGUGUCAAAUCCUUACUUUGUUCUGGGCAUUGUGCUAAAAAUUCUGAUGGCUCAUCCCAUUUAGGGGCUGAAAGUUGCAGAGGUUUAGGAAGCUCGCCCACGAUACUGGAGCCCCCAUCUCCUGCCCUAGUGCUGUCCCCCUUCUCACCCAGCCACCACCUGUUUCAGGGGAACACACAGAAGUGGUAACCUCUUAUGGAGAGGCGAGUAAAUUCUGCUGUUUUUGUUAUUCACAGAAAAAACACUGGCUCGUGUGGGUUGGGAAGGAUAUUUCAUCUGGUUAUUUCCACCUGUGUGACUCUCAUAGUAUUGAAAUGCAUAGGUUAGCAUUUUUGGCCGAUUUACUCAGCAUUCUGGGUUAAAGGCUUUUAUUUAUUUAUUUAUUUAUUUAUUUUUGAGAUGGAGUUUCACUCUUGUUGCCCAAGCUGGAGUGCAACGGCGCAAUCUUGGUUCACUGCCACCUCUGCCUCCCAGGUUCAAACUAUUCUGUCUCAGCCUCCCAAGUAGCUGAGAUUAUAGGCACGUGCCACCACACUGGGCUAAUUUUUCUGUAUUUUUGGUAGAAAUGAGAUUUCACCAUGUUGGUCAGGCUGGUUUCGAACUCCUGACCUCAGGUGAUCUGCCCUCCUCGGCCUCCGAAAGUGCUGGGAUUACAGGUGUGAGCCACCACGCC